AUGACGAUAUCUCAUUCCGAAAGCCAGAGAAAGCGGCAUUGCGCUGUUCUUGCAUUUCCUUUCGGCGGGCAUGCUCGGCCUCUCCUAGGACUAGUGUGCCGGUUAGCGCAGGCCUCGAUGCUCGAUGCACGAUUUUCGUUCUUUAGCACGGCAAGAUCGAAUCAACUGAUCUUUUCGCAAGUAGAAAACAAUCUCCCAGACAACAUAACAGCCUACGACGUAGAGGACGGCACGCCAUCGGACCAUGCGUUCACAGGGAACCCGCACGAACCCGCGAAUUUAUUCCUCGGGGCCGCGCCCGAGAACAUGAGGAAGGCCAUGGGUGUAGCAGUUGCGGAGACGGGUAUGGGGAUCAGCUGCUUGAUAUCGGAUGUGUUCUUAUCGUUUUCCGGAGAAUUGGCGGAAGAAAUGCGCAUUCCGUGGAUCCUAGUGUGGAUUUCGAUGCCGUAUCCCCUCUAUGUAUACACAAACAUCCGCCUGAUCCAGCAAAUAUGUUCGAACUCUCUUACUGCAAUUCCUGAUGUCAAUAAUGAACGUGUCCACAGAGUCAUCCCGGACGUGCCCGAAGUUCUCGUCGAAGAUUUGCCGGAAGGAGUUCUCGCGCCGGGUGACUUAGAAUCGGAUCUGGUAGGAAUUCUGGGUAACCUUGGAGCUCUAUUGCCAAGAGCUAGCGCGAUUGUCAUGAACUUCUAUCAUGAACUAGAUCCUACUGCUCUCACAAACAGUCUCAGGAGUACUUUGCCAAACUUGCUGUACUUGGGUUUUCUCACCUUAUCGUUACCACCGCCUCCGAAGCCACGGUCUCCGCCAUCGGAAGCUGACAUAAACAGCCACUGCAUAUCUUGGCUAGAAAGGCAAAAGCCUAGAUCCGUCGCAUAUAUAGGAUUCGGGACAUUAGCAAUACUUCCUGAAAACGAGCUUCAUGCCUUGGCAGAGGCACUUGAAGAAAGUAAUGUCCCUUACAUUUGGUCCCUACAGGGCAAUUCGAAGGAAAAACUCCCGAGCGGGUUUCUCGAAAGAAUCGGCGCAAGAGGCAUCGUAGUUUCAUGGGCUCCACAGAUCGAAGUAUUAGCCCACUCGUCGACCGGCGUAUUUGUAACUCAUUGCGGGAGCAAUUCUGUGUAUGAGAGCGUGGCGAAUGGGAUGCCGAUGAUAUGCAGGCCUUUCUUUGGAGAUCACAGGAUGAAUGGAAGAAUUGUGGAGGAGGUGUGGGAGAUUGGUGUCCGUGUUGAAGGCGGGGCCAUUACAAAGAAGGGUGUUCUCAAAAGCCUCCAGCUUAUUUUGGCCGAUCAAGCAGGUAAGGAGAUGAGAGAGAAGGUCUGCGCGCUCAAAGAGCUUGUUCAAGUGGCGGCCGGACCUAAUGGCAGAGCUGCUGAGGACUUCAGGACUCUGUUGAAAAUAGUUUCAGGAUCUUGA